UUGCUCCAUGUCUUGUCUGCUGGCUGUCUUUGGACGUCUUUGGUCUAUGGUCUUUGGUUAGGAGGGCUAGUUAAAGGAGAAACGCUUUAUGUGACCGUAUUUGUUCAUUUGCGAGUGACAGGAUGACGUACGUUCAGUAUCCGAUCAAAAGUGAUUUGGACAGGUUAUCCUACGAUGAGUACAGAGAGAAAACUUCGCUCUUUAGCGAAACUUGGUUACCUGCAUCUCUGGGUUUCGCUGCAUUCUUCACGUUCGCUGCUAACAAUGUUGCUAUGAGGAAACCCUAUUACACUGGUAUCCAGAAGCUUUUAUUCUAUAUUCCUGUUGGAGUUUUUGCUGGUAUCUACUUUCGAGAUAGGCAACGUGAGAAGUCUCGUCAGAAGUGGGCUGCUCACAAGCAUUACAUUGAGUUGCAUCCUGAAGAUUUUCCGCCUUACCCCAGGCCUGUCAAGGUUGGAGAAACCCUGGAAGCAUGGCUUCCUUUCCGCACAGGAUGGUGAUUGGUUCAAGUCACCUUGUUUCAAUGUUGUAGGUUUUAAAUUGAUAAAUAUCACAUGAAGGGAUCUGGGUUUGUACUAGUUAAAUAUUGUAUGUUAUGCAGCCUGUUUUUCAGUCUCUGUAAUGACUAUGCUGGUGUGAUUACAAUGCUACUAUCAUGUAAAUAAGAAUACAAUCCAGAAACAACA